AUGGAAAUGGACUUCAACCCCGUUACAGCAUGGGACCAACUCGCUGGAUCCUGGGAUGAGUUGAUGGGGAAUGAAGGCAACGAUUACUUUACUGUUGUCGAAUUGCCUGUACUAGAACGCAUGGUACAGCCAAAAAAUGGGGAUCGUGCGCUGGAUCUUGCGACAGGAAACGGCCUUGUAGCUCACUGGAUGGCUCUACAAGGAGUUGAUGUCAUUGCGACGGAUGCAAGCCCAGCCAUGAUUGUAAACGCCCGGGCACGGGAGCCCAAGAGGCUUGAGAAUAGCGAGACGGAAGUCGAGGUCUUAUACAACGUCCUUGAUGUGACAAAUCCACUGCAUUUUGAAGAGCUCCUUUCGUCUGGUGUUGCGGGACUUUUUGAUAUCAUAACGAUGAACAUGGCGAUCAUGGAUGUCUCUACCUUGGAACACCUUGCCAAUGCAUUACCCAAGUUGCUGGAUAGGGAUGGAGGCCGCUUUGUGGCAACCCUCUUACACCCUCUUUUCACAUGCGGCGUAACAAGGUCCGUCGAGUAUAGGGAUAAUCCCGAGUCAGGCAGAGAGGAAACCUUUCAUGCCGUAAAGAUGAUCAAAUAUCUACACGUACCGCCAUACAAAGGCGUUGCAGCACAAUCUCAGCCUCACCCGCAGUACUAUUUCCACCGUCCAUUACAUGAACUGUUCUCCCCUUUUUUCCGAGCAGGCUUGGUCCUCGAUGCUUUGGAGGAGCCAAACUUCGAUGAGGCAUAUGUAAAGACAAGAGCCAUGGAUAUAGGAUCACUCCGGCAGUUCACACAGUUUCCAAAGAUACUGGCCUUCAGACUAAAGAUCGCUUGA